CGAACGUCACCCUCCCUGCGCAACUUAAAGGCACCACCACAGUGGCCACGAGUACGCAAAUGAGAGCGCCUCUUCCCAGUGAUUGAUGAGCUAACAGGACGACCCGAGGCAGCUAUUUACAGACGAAGGAGGGGUGGUGGGAAGGGUUUAGGUCACUGCCACAACACACACACAUACGCGCGCGCGUCACAGGCACCCAUCACAACUUUCUGAACGAGUGCCACGCCAGGAGAUCGAACGUUGACAGCUGCCGCUUCGUGCACGAAGGGCAGGGGGUGGUGUGAGGGUAUCGGUGCGAGGCGCUGGGAGGCUCUUGAAGUGACACUUAAGUUCACGCACCUGGCUCGCUGCGCGCUGUCAUCUGUAAAGAGCUGCACCAGACCCCCCGCUCGCGAGCGACCGCAAGGCCACGGGUGUCUCUGCACGGCGACUCUCCACUGCCUCGGGUCUGAGCGUCACGCACGAUGGGCGAUUGGAGCUUCCUCGGGAGGCUCUUGGAGAACGCGCAGACGCACUCCACCGUGGUCGGCAAGGUGUGGCUCUCCGUGCUCUUCAUCUUCCGAAUCCUCGUGUUGGGAGCGGCGGCCGAGAGCGUGUGGGGCGACGAGCAGGCGGGUUUCCGUUGCAACACGCAGCAGCCCGGCUGCGAGAACGUCUGCUACGACGAGGCCUUCCCCAUCUCGCACAUCCGCUUCUGGGUGCUCCAGAUCAUCUUCGUGUCCACGCCGGCGCUCGUCUACCUGGGCCACGUGCUGCACAUCAUGCGAAUGGAGUCGCGCAGGAAGGAGGAGCUCGAGGAAUGGAGGAAGCUGCACCCCAACGAGGACGAGGACGACUGUAAGGCGCUCCUCGACGGUGGCAAGGGCAGAAAGGGCGGCCCGCCGAAGCUAAGGAAGACCUACGUGAACGACCAGGGCAAGGUGUGCAUCAAGGGCGCGUUGCUCCGCACCUACGUGCUCAGCAUCUUCAGCAGGACCAUCUUCGAGGUGGGCUUCAUCGUGGGCCAGUACUUCCUCUACGGCUUCAGCCUGGGACCGCUCUACCGCUGCAGCAGGAGCCCGUGCCCCAAUGUGGUCGACUGCUUCAUCUCGCGUCCCACCGAGAAGACCAUCUUCAUCCUCUUCAUGCUUGUGGUGGCCUGCCUCUCGCUGCUGCUCAACCUCUUGGAGAUGUACCACCUGGGCUGGAAGAAGAUCCGCAAGGGGCUCGGCAAGCGCUACGAAAAGAUGAGUCAGCAGCAGCAACAGCAGCAGCAGCAGUCCGCGAUGAAACACCACCCGCCCUCGCUCGACCAACACUCGGUGAAGACCUCCUCGCAGCCCAUCUCCUACACCUACUACCAGCCGCCCACAGAUGAACGCAACUACGACCCGCCGAGUUUCCGCACGGCGACCAGAGACCUCGUCGCGGGGGGACGUCUCGUCGCGCAGGGCGUGGACGGGCAGAAUUGGGCCAACUGGGAGGAGGAGGAGAGGCGGCGGGUUGCUCAGGCCACGAGCGGCGACGCGAGGCACGCGAGGCACGCGCCGCAGCCCGUGAGCCGCAGCCUCGCGAUGCGCACUCCGCCACCGCCGCACGGCGCUCCACCUCCGCCCGCGUCGCCGCUGCUGCUGCUGCAGCCCUGGGCCGCGUCCUCUCCUGCCGCCUGUCCAUCAUCCUCGGCCGCCGUCGCUGCCGCUCUGGCUGCGGCUCUGGAGGACGAGGCGGAGGUUCUGACGGCUACGGUGCAGUUGCACGACCCGCCUCUGCACUCGGGAGGCGAGCACGACAUCGAUCUGAGGAGGUUGAGCAGGGCGAGCAGUAGGGUGCGCUCAGAUGACCUGCAGGUGUAGCCCCCACGUCCGCCUCGACUCAGCCGCGCGUGUUGGUUUUGAGAGAGAACAUUUAUAUAUAAAAAAAAAUUACCGUGAGAUUCUCAUUUAUUUGAAUCAAUCAUGGUUCCAAUAUUGAUCAAGGUGGGCCCCUUUUCCCAAUAAAUUAAAUAGCUUUCUCCAUUUGCGAGCUUCAGUCCAGAAUCUGCAAGAUUUCUUGAAGCACCUCCCAUUAGCACUGUUGGCUACGUACGGUGCGAAAAAAGUUAAACAUAGAUACAAGCAGAUUAAAGGACUGCAUUGGCAUACAACCAUAGGCAGACAAAUAUACCCGGUAGUUUCGAGAGGGAACCGUUUGUAACAUGGGACGAUAAUUGACUGCCUCAUAGUUGGAGAUGACCAGGUACGGUGAAAACCAUUUUGUCGAAUUAAAAAAAAUCUGAAGGUUUUUCAUAGAUUUACAUUCGCAGAGAGUGGGUAUACAAUCCCUUUAAGAGUGACGCAUGGAUAAUUCAACUGGCUUACACUAAAAAAUGUCAUCAAUAUGUGACACGCAAUGGUCUGUCAAACACGUUCAGCUGCGUGGAUGGAUCACAACUCGGCCAAGUGACACAUUCCUGGAGAGACAAAGAAUCGAUCCCUCGCCGCGACGAUUGUUGUCAACGCCUCUCCCUCUCUCCCCCUCUCACAGGUCAGAUUGUACGUACAAUUUUGAAGUUGGCGUGUUCACAUUCCGUAAGAUGUAGUGUCAUGAGCUCACCGGAGCCCAAGAGCUCCACGUGCUCGCUCCUCCGUGCCGUGCCGGCCACUCGACGCGUCACGCCGAGUCGCCGUUGUCCGUCGUGGUCCCACGGCGUCGCUUGUCAGAUACCGUAGUAUUGUCUGCAUUAUAAAGACGUUCCAGAAAAUUAAGAGGCACCUCUUCCAUACCCCCCAUCCCCCCCCCCCCCAACGCUUUAUCGGUGUCAAUAAAGUUAUACAAAUCUAAUCUUACACACACACAACGGAUUAUAAUACGCACCCCUUCCCACAAAAUUUGCUUUAAAAUACAGGGGGGGUGAAUCGUGUAAUCGGUAUAGUACGGUAACACACCACUGUCUGACGGAACGAGCUGUCGGGCAACAGCAGUGAACACAACAAUGUAGAGGUGGUAAAGGAUUAGCUCACAGGCUAACACAAUGGACCACGUGCACAGCCACUGAUAGAUGAGGGCCUCCCCACUCCCUGAGGGUCGUAGGGUUCACUUGGACCAUACUUCACGAUGGUCAGUACGGGUUACUGUGGGCGGGUAGAUACCCCAGCAGCCUGUAACACCUGUGAAUGCAUUAUAGUCGCACAUCCUAGCACUAUCCUGGCCCAAAGCUGCUUUGGCAGUGGGCAGUAAAGUCCAUUCUACUGUGUUCACACCUCCCAUGGACCCCCCCCCAACCCGCAUGAACCAACCCGCAUGAACCAGCGUGGUGAAGUAUGGUAAAAUAACCCCAAUGACCCGCACGGCGUGGGUGAGCCCCUUGUCCAGCAGUGCAAUCAAAAUGGGCUAGAUAUGUCAAUGUAAUUCUUCUGUACAGAGCAGCAUUGUAGGCUAAAUGCAAGCACUUUUGACUCUUUGUUGUGCUAUUUGUUUAGCAUAGGCAUGUGUGCGUGUAGUUCUGUGCAGAUAUGGUGGGGAGUGGUGGUGGGCGCUAUGUUGCCCUACGAACCCGGUGACCCGAGUUCGAUUCCCGCUCACAGCCAACACCAGU